UUUCAAAGCAGCGCCCGCACUCGGCUGGAGGCUGGGGCAGGCAGCAGAGCGAGUCGGGUCGGGGAGGAGGGGGUAGGUGAAGUGGGAACGCACGCGGAAAGGAGGAUGGCUGCCGGCGCCGGCGCGGGGAGGAAGGUAGCGGUCGCCGCCGUGCAGUUCGCCUGUACCGACAUCGAGUCCGACAACGUCGCCACCGCCGAGAGGUUGAUUAGGGAAGCUCAUAAGAAAGGUGCAAACAUUAUACUCAUUCAGGAAUUAUUUGAGGGGCACUAUUUCUGUCAAGCUCAAAGGUUGGAUUUCUUUCAGCGUGCGAAGCCUUAUAAAGGUAACCCAACUAUUAUAAGGAUGCAAAAUCUUGCAAAGGAGUUGGAUGUUGUAAUACCUGUCAGUUUUUUUGAAGAAGCAAACAAUGCACAUUACAAUUCGGUGGCCGUUGUUGAUGCUGAUGGCACUGAUCUUGGUCUAUACCGCAAAUCCCACAUUCCAGACGGACCAGGUUAUCAAGAGAAAUUUUAUUUCAACCCGGGUGACACCAGCUUUAAGGCUUUCAAAACCAAAUAUGCGACAAUUGGUGUUGGAAUUUGUUGGGAUCAGUGGUUCCCAGAGUGUGCAAGGGCUAUGGUGCUUCAGGGGGCCGAAAUACUGUUCUAUCCCACUGCAAUUGGAUCUGAACCCCAGGAUGGUAACCUGGAUUCCCGUGAACAUUGGAAGCGUGUCAUGCAAGGCCAUGCUGGUGCUAACUUGGUCCCUCUUGUUGCUUCUAACCGGAUAGGCAGGGAAACUGUUGAGACUGAGCAUGGCAAGAGCACUAUAACCUUCUACGGGAAUUCAUUCAUUGCAGGACCAACUGGAGAAAUCUUGAAGCUUGCAAAUGACAAAGAUGAGGAAGUACUAGUAGCGGAGUUUGACUUGGACGAGAUCAAGUCAACCAGGCACGGUUGGGGGAUAUUCAGGGACCGGCGUCCUGAUCUAUAUAAAGUUCUAUUGACUUUGGACGGCAAGAAAUGAUCAUAAGCUCCACUUUUGUGGGCUUAUCUAUCAUUGAAAGGGACACGAUCUCCACAACAUUUGGAAGACAGGGUCCAUGAGGGUACAAUAAAGUGGUAGAUCUUCCCUCGUUUCCCUGCUAGUGUUCACUGCUUCAUGGUAUUUCACCAUUUUCACAUUCCACGCGAUAAAAAUACUUGUCAUGUACGUAAUGUUUUGGCAGCCAAAAUAUUCAAAGAUCAAAGCAAUAAAUAACUGCAUCCCUUUUACCUUUU